AUGUUGUGCGUAUGUUAUCAUCAACCAUUACCAUCCAACUCCAUUGUCUUGAAUCGGCAAGCGAAGCAAAAAGAGAUACUACGAAGAAACCAAAUGUUCUUCUUAUCUUCAUCAUCUCCUUCAAGAUUAGGUAAACAUCAAUGGCAAAUCAGUAAUUAUCCCAAAAAUGAGUUUAGAUUAAAACCUAAAGCUAGUGUAAUGCCUCCUUCUGAGUCUGGUGAUAUCACUACCUUCCUCCUCGUAAGUGGAGCAAUGAUCUCCAUGUAUUUGGUAGCGAAUUUUGUGGUUCCAUCGAUGCUUUUCAAGUCGCUACAAGUUGAAGAAGAGGAAGAUUCUGAUUGA